AAAAAAAAAUCACUAAUUUAUUGUAUUUAUCUUACAGUGAAGGGGGCUUUUUCAAAGCUCACUUGUACUUCCCAAAAGAAUAUCCUCUUCGACCUCCAAAAAUGAAAUUCAUUACAGAGAUUUGGCAUCCUAAUAUUGAUAAAACUGGUGAUGUUUGCAUAUCUAUUUUACAUGAGCCAGGUGAUGACAAAUUUGGCUAUGAAAAAGCAUCUGAACGGUGGUUGCCCGUUCACACUGUGGAGACCAUACUCAUUUCGGUUAUUUCCAUGCUGGCUGAUCCUAAUGAUGAAUCUCCUGCCAAUGUGGAUGCUGCUGUAAGUAUCUGUUAACAUGGUGAUUGUUUU